CCCGCAGGCGGCCGCCGGCGGGGACAGGACCGCCCUCCGGGCGUGCGGGGUGCACAAUGUCUGCCGCCUCCUCACCCGCAGGACCCACGGCUUCUAUGCCAGAGAUGCUGGUGUCGCGCACAGGAAGAACCUGGGACUCCUCAGGAAGAUCAUGUGCCAGGAAAGUACUAAAUUCAAGAAUGUUUGGACAACUCAUUCUGCAUCUCCUAUUGCAUAUGAAAGAGGAAGAAUUUACAUGGACAAUUACCAAUGCUGUAUUACCAGCAUUGCACAACAGCCAAGACUAAUUUAUCAAAAGUCAAAGUGUGCCAAGUCUGAAAAAAUAGAAGAUGCUUUAUUACUGGAAUGCCCACUGGGGGAAAUGCUACCAAGUCCAUCAGAUUAUAAAGCUUCCCUGAUAGUCUUGACAGUGCAGAAUUGGCUUCUACGUCUCUCUGCUGAUAGUGGAGAAGUACUGGAAAAAGUGUAUCUUGCUGGUUCCUGUUGCAAAUUCUUCAGGUAUCUGAGCUGGGAUACUCCUCAAGAGGUAAUGAUUGUAAAGUCAGCUCAGAAUAAGCUCCCUGCAGCAGCACGGCAGGCAGGAAUCCAACAGACUGUAUUGUUUUAUCUUGCUGUAUUCCAAGUUUUGCCUCUUUCAUUCAUUGGAAUGCUGGAAAUAAACAAAAAGAUUUUUGGUAAUAGUGUGACAGAUGUUGCUGUUUCUAAUGGAAUCCUGAUUGUAAUGUAUAGCAUGGGUCUGGUCAGACUAUAUAACUUCAAGGCCAUUUUGGAACAGUUCAUGGAACAACCAGUUGAUUUGGGACAAGAAUUCAACUGGAAUGGUCAGGUGGGAGUUGUAGGACAGUUUCCAUAUGGUCUUCCAUGUAACAUUAAAAUAACAGAUACCCCACCUUUGCUAUUUGAAGCAUCUUCUCUGGAGAAUGCAUUUCAAAUUGGAGGUUACCCUUGGCAUUAUAUCAUCACACCUAACAAGAAAAAACAUAAAGGAGUCUUCCAUAUUUGUUCUCUGAAAGACAAUGCUUUGGCAAAAAAUGGCAUACAGGAUAUGAAAUGCUGUUCACUUGAACCUGACUGGAUAUAUUUCCAUCCAGAUAUGUCAGGUAGAAUAAUCCACGUGGGACCAAAUUUGAUAAAAGUCUUAAAGUUUAAGGAAGUUAAAAAUCAUGCAGAUCAAAUGGAGAUUGCGGAAGAUUUUACAAUUGUAGCCAACAGAGAAAACUGUGUGAACAACAGUGUUACUGUAACAGCUUCUGGUCGAGUGGUGAAAAAGCGUUUUACCUUGCUGGAUGAUGACCCAGAACAAGAGACAUUCAAAAUCGUGGACUAUGAAGAUGAAUUGGAUUUAUUAUCCACUGUGGCAGUUACUCAGAUAGGAGCUGAUGGAAGAGCUCACCUUGACUUUCAUUGCAAUGAACAUGGGAUUCUACUUAAGAGUAUUCCAUUAAAGGAAUCCUGGGAUGUGACUUACAGUCAUGAAGUUUACUUUGACAAAGACCUUGUAUUACAUAUAGAACAGAAGCCUAACAGAAGGUUCAGUUGUUAUGUUUACCAAAUGGUAUGUGAUACUGCAAAAGAUGAUGAUUCUUAAUGCUAUUAAAAAAACAGUGUUUAUUAAAAAAAGGAGGGAGAAGUUUUGUAUAUAUUUAAGCCAUAAACACCAGCUACAGAGACUUUUGGAUGCUAUUUAAGGAUACUGUAAAAGAUGGUGAUUCUUAAUGCUAUAAAAUAAACCCAGAAAGUGUUUAGUAAAAAAA